CGUCGUCAGCUGUUUACGAACUUAACCUCAAUAAAUAGAGCAUUUUAUUACGUGUCGUGCAGGUCGUGCAUAAUGUUUUAAUUAAAUAAUAAAAAGUUGAAUAAAAAGGCUUUGAAAAUGCCAGGAAAACAGUACGUCGACCUCGAUAUUAAUAAGCUUUUCGAGGAGCAUAGUAUAAAGGAAAUUGAGCAAAUACAACGGGCCAUUCAGUUAGAGAGUGAUAGAAAGAAAAUAGAAUUGAGAACGUUGGUCGGAGAACGUUAUCGUGAUUUAAUUCAAGCAGCAGACACCAUUGCAGAGAUGAGAGAAACUUCGAAAAACGUUAUUUCUCGAAUUGCCGAUAUCGAAGAGACUUUUCGCGAUUUGCAGCAGAAAUAUUUGAUUGGUUUUAAAAUUGAUAGUUCAGAUAAUUCCAGUGCCAGAGAUUCAGAUAAUAUUUCCGACUCUGUUGUCAUACAAAUAAAAAUAUUGAUGGACAUUCCUGAGCACAUUUGGUCGGCGAUCGACAACAGAGACAUGCUUUUUGCCUCCCAAUUGUUCAUACUCGCACAGCACGUUAAUUACAGUUUGACAUUCGAAAUUGGCCAAUCGGUUUUAGCAAAAAAUUAUCCUAUCGUCGCUAAGCAGUGGAGCAUCAUUAGUCAUUUCAGAAAUGUCAUCUUUGACCAGUGCAACGAAACUUUGAGGUCCUUGGAUUUGUCUGCUGAGGUUGCAGCAAACUGCUUGGCAGCGCUCGUUCUUCUGGAUGGGACAUCGUCCAAAGAGUUGCUUGAAAAGUUGAUUAGCUUGAGGAGCCAAGCUAUUGAAUCAAUAAUAAAAGACGAAAAUCCUCACAGUGUUCGUCACAGGAUUAAAUUAAGCGUUAAACUAUUGAGCGACACUGUCAUUCUCAUUCAUUCCUGUUUUAUUAAAAUGGCGAAUCUGGGCCAAGGUUUAGUCUCUGAGAACAUUAAAAAGUUGCGGGACGUAAAAGCCUCAGAAAUGUUGUACAACUUGGACUUGGACAACGAUUUGUUAGAGAAAUUUUUGCCAAACGUGACAAAAAAUCACAAGCCGUUUUCGAAAGAAGAAUUUAUAAACGUAGAUCGUAAAGAAAUGUCGAAAAUUUUAGAAUCCUGGUUUUCCUGGAUCGAAAAAUUGGGAAGAACCGAAAUUUCACGUUUGUUGAAUUUGGUUACGUCGAUUCGUGGCGUUUUUAAUAUACGAGAAGAAACUUUGGCUCUGGAGAGCCUGGAAAACUGGAACGAUAUAACCGAAGAAUUGGGACUGUCGAGAAAAAAUUUUUGGGCUGUUUAUUAUCAGCCGAUAUUGACGAAGCGAGUGAAGGAAAUAAUUUCAGAAAAAUGGCAGGAAUCCAUGAAUUUGUUGAAAUCAAAAUUGUGCCAAUAUUUGGACGAAGUCUCACGUUCCAAGUGCGAAUUUCCAGAAAACGAUUUGAGGUGGUGGGUUUGGAAAGAUUCGAGUAGCGACAUCCCCCAAAAACUGGGUAAAAACAUGGAAAACAAGAAAAAAUCACUGCUCAUGAAAUCUCGUGGUUUCUCACCGAACAUGGUCGAAGUCUGUGAAAAUUUCGAUCUGAGCUUAGAGCCGCUUUUAAAGGAUCUCGAGCAGUAUUUGUACGAGUCAGAAAAGCCGAGAAAAUCGAAGGAUAAUUUGUUCUCCAUCAAUCUUUCAUCAAACUUCGAUAAAUUUGGCGAUCGUUCGGAGAUUCAAGAAAAUUUGCAGAACACGAGCACGACGAUGAUCGACGAGCUGACGAAAUACUUCGAAAGCUCUUUCCUAACGAAAAAUCCGAAAUUCGGACGCUUCGAAAUCAACGUGAUCGUGGCGAGUAGAUUUUUCCAAGCGAUCGUCAAUCUCUGCCCGAACCUCAAGAAAUGUUUUACUCUCUCAAAAAUUCCGGGUCUCGUUACGAGCAAUCUUAAAUGGCAGAACAUUUGCGACCACGCGAGAGACGAAAGUUCUCGUUUUUGGUCGAUGUACGCACAUUUUUUCAACGAAUAUAUUUCCGAACACCGACUAAAUUUCCUCACACACUCCAGCGACGAUCGCAGCCACAUUUAUUCACUCGUUUCCGAAUGGGAACGCGUCGUCAUCGAGGAGGAAGCCGAAGAAGGAAAAUCCAUCAAAUCGGAAAUUCACGUCCCGUAUCAACCGUCGGUCAAUUUACAAAAGUUUUUAGCAGCAGUCUCCAGGGAUUUGACCAAAAUAGUUCCACAUACUUUGCCAAAAAAAGUCAUGAACGAAAUAAUCGACAAUGUGGCCAGCCAAUUAUUCGAUUACUACGACGAGGCAGCCCAGAAUCCAAAUUUGAGGCAAAAACAAGCGUUUCAAGUGCUGUUCGAUAUCAAAUACGUCACUCUGCUGAUGGUUCCCCGUGAAAAUAAAAAUUUAAUGGACAGAUCCAUCGAAGUUACGAAUAACGUGCUUGCCAAAAUCGAUCCUUUCGACUCCGACGUUUUCUACCCAUUCAUUCACAUCAAUGUGAAGAAAGGUGUUCAACGAUCGUUGCUGAUGUUCGGAAACUUGGUACCACACAUGGAGCAACUGCACUCGGUGUUGGGUUCGCGAAGCGAUUACGCAACGAGCAAUGGUUCAAGGUCGAUGGCAGAUCCACCGGGUGGUUUGGCGAUUUGCACGGGCGCUCCAUGGUUCCCGCCGUUGGCUGUGACUGCUCCGACGAGGAAUUUGCCACUGAUGCCAGUCUCGUUACCGGACAAAGUCCAGAUAGCAGUUUUCACGAGCGCAAGAAAACCCCAGUGAAGGAGGUGCCGAGGAACGACUUCAGUGGGGCAACGAUCAAGUCUGGAGCCGCUGCAUUCUUCGGUGCGAUGGGCUCAGACUGGUUCAGCACAAGUUAGCUUAUUUAGGCUCGAGGUAUUUCGUUUUUAUCUAUUGUUAUAAAUAUUGUAAAUAAAAAGAAACAGUUGUGUGA